GAAGCGACGAUGACAGCAGCGCGGAGCUCGAGCGAACGCGGCGGAAGAGGAGGAGGAGGAGGAGUAGACGGUGAUGGAGAGGGGAGCGCGAGAGCGUCCCAGGAGAAGGCUGGCGCCGCGCACAUCAACCUGGGCGUGCUGGAGUCGGUCGCCACCGUGGGUACAGGCACUUUUGGUCGCGUCGUGCUGGUCCAAGAUCGCAAAACCAAGGGCUAUUUUGCGUUAAAGUCCAUGAAAAUCGUGGAUUUAAUCCGACUGAAACAGCAGCAGCACGUUCACAACGAAAAAGAAGUCCUCAUGGAGGUCAAUUACCCUUUCAUCGUCAAACUGUUUUGGACAUGGCAUGAUGACCGGUGUCUCUUCAUGCUGAUGGAGUUCGUGCCCGGAGGCGAGCUCUUCAGUUACCUGCGCAGUCGCGGAAAGUUCAGUAACGACGCGGGCCUGUUCUUCGCUGCCGAAAUUGUUUGCGCACUGGAGUAUCUUCACUCGAAAGACAUCGUCUACAGAGACCUGAAACCGGAGAACAUCCUUCUGGACCGCGAAGGCCACAUCAAACUCACCGACUUCGGAUUUGCCAAGAAGGUCGCAGACAGGACGUGUACGUUAUGUGGAACUCCUGAGUAUCUGGCGCCUGAGAUUAUCCAGGGUAAAGGUCAUGGUCUGGCGGUGGACUGGUGGGCCCUGGGUGUGCUAAUUUUUGAAAUGCUGUCUGGGUACCCGCCAUUUUUUGACGACAAUCCCUUUGGUAUUUACCAGAAGGUUCUGUCUGCCAAGCUGAACAUCCCUCGCCAGCUGGACUUCUACGUAAAAGACCUCAUCAAGAAGCUGCUUGUGGUGGAUAAAACACAGAGACUUGGGAGUUUGAGAGGUGGAGCCGAGGACGUGAAGAGCCACAAAUGGUUUCGGUCUGUGGACUGGGACGUCGUUCCUCAGAGAAAACUAAAGUUAGCCGAUCAUCAUUCCGGAAGUCGCGCACGAGGGCGAUCCGUCCAAUUUCGAAGCUUAUCCUGAAGAAAAGCGCAAAAAAGAACCUGCCGUUUCCCCACGGGACUUGGAACUUUUUAAGAACUUUUGAAUACGAACGCAAAUAUUGAUACUUCUUUACGUGUCUUUUGCAUCUUUUCACUAGGGGCAUGUGCCGAUAAUCGAUGAUACGAUACGUCUCGCAGUGUUGAACGUGAGCACACUAUUGUUACUCAUGGAGUCAGCGUGCGUUUCUGGAAUACACGCUGGUUUUGAUGGCGUUAGCGCUCCUGAGAUAAAGCUAGCUAGUGACUUUCACACAGUUUACCGGGUUAAAUGUUGGACAACGAAAAGGAACUACGUAGCAACUUUUCAACAAGUACAUUAUAAUGAACUAUGGCAAAAAUGACGGUGAGAUAUCGGCACGUGUCUGUCUCCACUCGGUCUUGUUCUACUGUGUCAUGUGUAGACGUGUAAAGUAGCUAUAAUCUAUGCACUUUGUUAGAUGUUUUGUUUGUUAUGCAAAUGCACAUAACCUUUAUUGCAAGUUAUUCCAAACAUACCUGCCUAUUCUCUGGGAAUGAUUAUGCAACUUAUGUGUAUGAUCUAUGCAGAUCCAUUUGUUUAACUCCAUACGGUUUGACCUGUCUCGACGUGAUCGUGUCUCAAGCUGUAAUUGUAUGCGUAUGAUGCUAAUGGAACUAACGUUAUAGCUACUCUAGGUUUGUUUGAUGUUAUGAGAUGCUUGAUUAUGUAAUAAAUAACUUUUUCAAAAGAUGUUUUGCUUGUGAUGAGUUGUUGAGCAGUGAAAUGUCAAGUGCAAAAAAAAUCAAUGAAAGUCCAAAGCGAAACAUGUGAAUGUAUUAGCAGUGAAAGAGCUGUGAUUGCUAUUUUAGGGUUAGUUUUGGGCGCUUACGUAAGGAAUGAAACACGUAGGGGCACGCUGUCUUAGGAAAACACCUUGCUCAGCUUGCUCAUUUGCGCCCCCUAUAGGCCAAGAAUGUAACCAAGAAAGCAUAUCGCAGUCGUACAUUGUACUUCAUACUUGUUCAGCUUCAUAAGCAGUGUAUUGGGUUCGCUAGCAAAUGACGUGUUGGAUGUGAAUCCAAAUCCCAGCACCGCCGAGCUGCCGCAACCCCUAACCCUCAUCUGCUCUGUGCUUGAUGAAUGACGUAAGAGGGGCAGCAACGACACUGAUAUUACACUUUACCCUUCAUAGUGUUGAUGCCACAGUAUUCUAUACAUGGAUAAAGGUCACCACUUUUUUUCUGAAAAA